CAAGCAGUACAAGAUGUGAAAGUGGAAACAUUUAUAAUGCAUUGUGAUGCAUUCGAGAUCUCUUAAGUUUGACAGUUAAAAUAACUUUUCUGAAUGAUUAACUUGAAUACAGGCAGACUUUUUAUACGUCAUGCAAAUCGUCUGCUAAUCAUUGGCUUUCAAAAUCAUUAACAAAGGUCUGUGAAUGGGGUUAAAGUUAAAAUUCAUUGGGCAACACUGACUCGAGUAAUGUGAAAGGGCCUUAAGACGUGCUUUAUAUCAAAUGAAACAUUUUGUUCUUUCUUUUCUCCUCCUUCUCUCCAGAAGGUCCACAGAGGCAGACCCAGACGUUGAGAAAAUGCAGCGCUCGUCUGACUCGACACCAUUCGAAACGAACGCUCAGCCAUUCCUCCGGCCCUCGGCUUAUUGUGCCAUACAAAUCUUUGUGUUUGGUCAGAGAGAGACGGCAUUAUUGAUAAAAAGACUGAUCUUUUUGUUUCUCCAGCACAGCUGUCACGUAGACAUGCGAAAGCUGUGUCUGUUGAACAGGACACUGUGUGAAUUUCAUCCAUCUGAACAAUGCAGCUCUGGGAUUUUUCUUGCGCUCAAGUGUCUGGAAAUAAAACACAAUGCAGUGUUUUUCCACAGACAGGAAGGCUUGAACAAAAUCCAAAUGAAUUAGGAUGGCUGGCAGAGCUGAACUACUAAAUGAUAAAUAAUGGACUGCCGCUGUUUGUCCUCUCAACUAUUUAUUCAGCUUUCUGCUCACAGAUGCUUCUUGUAGCGCUGCUCAAUUACUGCGAUCCGCUACGGUGCUUUUGUGGAUGGAUUGCGCAUUUGAGUAUGAAGGAGGCCCACCUAACGGAUGUGUAAUUAAUUAAGCUCUUUAAUUUUUAUGUUAAUGAUGUGGAAAAUGCUAAUGAGUUUAAGUAAAAUCGGUUGCUGACAGGCCUUGCAAAAAUAUGAUGAAAAGCAAAUGUUUGGUCAGGUGCUUUAUGUGAGCAAACUGGAGGUUUUUACAAAUCAAUUCUCCUCCCACUUUGCAUCGCUUUGUUCUUCAUCACAUCUUUAAUACAAGGUUUCUCAAAGUUAGACACAGAAGUAAUAGAGCACUACUGAAGAUGUUUGUAGAAGACGAAACUUCCCUCGUUGACUUAACCUCAAACACAGAUUAAAUGAUAGUGUGCAUGUAUUUAUAUACGUGCAUUCUACAAAAAAGUGCACCUUAAUGUUGGGGAAAUAAAUUCACUUCCUUGAGAAAAUGAAAAAUGUCUCGCUUUCCUGUUUUGUCAUCGUAGGUGCAGCAUGUGUCAAAGUGACAUAAUGAGAAAAAGCUUUAAAGGCUCCAGGAGCGUCACAUCACGUCUGAAUCUGUGGUGUGGACUGAUUCUUUAAGAGUGUUCAUUGCAUCUAGUGACCAUGACGUUGACAGUGGGUCUCAGUAAAGUUGUGUUAGUGGUCUACGGAUUCACACUGAUCACAGGCCUUCCUGCCAACAUUUUGGCUUUCUACACCUUCUUUAAGAAGGUCCGCCAGCGCUCCACCCCGAUGGAUGUGCUGUUACUCAGUUUAACCAUCUCUGACCUGAUCUUCCUCCUUUUUCUGCCGUUUCGCAUGGUGGAGGUGGCCAACAUGAAAUGGACUCUUCCUUACUUCCUCUGCCCGCUGUCGGGAUUCAUCUUUUACUCGGUCAUCGCCAACAGCGUCCUUCACCUGACGGCCAUCAGCGUGGAGCGCUUCCUGGGUGUGGCUUUCCCCAUUAAAUACAAGCUCAAACGCAACCCCAGAAGUGCAGGGAUUGCCUGCAUCAUAUUCUCGGUGGUGUCAAUGGGACACUGCAGUAUCAUCUACAUCAUGCAAUACCACAACCAUUUCAACCCCAACAUCAGUGAUCCAUCCAAACGUAACACCUGCUAUGAAGAAUUCACUGAUGAACAACUGAAGAUCCUCCUACCGUUUCGACUGGAGCUUUCUGUUGUCUUCUUCCUCAUCCCUUUCAUCAUCUGCUGCUUCUGCUACAUCCAAUGCAUCCGCAUACUUUCCCGGCUAUCCAAUGUUAACGUCAAGAAGCGGUAUAGAGCCAUCGGGAUGGCGUUGGGCACACUUCUGGUCUUCAUUAUCUGUUUCAUGCCCUUCAACAUCUCACAUUGGGAGGGAUUCAUAAGCGGCCAAAGCUCUAAAUGGAGACAACCUGCUUUACUCACCAGCACGCUGAAUGCAUGUCUCGACCCUUUCAUUUUCUACUUCUCUUCUUCCGCACUCAGAGGGACUUUCAAGAAGGUUUUGCAGGGACUGGCAGCGCGUUUUCUCCUUCCUUGCUGCCGCUCAGCUCUCUACUGCCCAUUAUUCAACCGUGGCAAACCAGACGAGCGAACGCAGAGCACUGAUGACAGCAUCCGCUAACAUUUCAAGUCAGUUUUUGCAUUGAAUAAUCUGCCUGCAUGUGCAUCAUCAAUACAUAUGAUUCAGCCCAAAGCCGAUUGAUAAUAAUAAUUCUGAUGCACCACCAUGACCCUAUGCUUUAUGGAUAGACGACCAGCAUAGAAAUGCUUCCAGCAUUAUUGCAUGACUAUUUAACCUACACCUUUGCAGCAGCUGUUUCGCACACAAUGAAAUGAAGAGCAUGAGUGUACAAAUUUGCAGUGCAAAAAGCAAUUGUAUCCGAACUAAUAUGCAGCACUGACUAACAGCAAUGCUAUAAAUAUAAUCAAAACAACUUUGUAAAACAAUACUUAUAUUUUAAUAAAAGAAACUCA